GCUGACGUAUAUCUGCUACGUGUCAGGAACUACUGUUGUCAACAUGGCGGCUCAGCAGGGCGAUGUUGAUGAGCUCUUCGAUGUUAAAAAUGCCUAUUAUAUUGGCAGUUAUCAGCAGUGUAUUAACGAGGCUCAAAAGGUGAAGCCCACGACGCCAGAAAAGGAGACCGAGAGGGACAUGUUUCUGUACAGAGCCUACAUUGCGCAGAGGAAGUAUGCUGUUGUCCUGGAUGAUAUCAAGGCCAACUCAUCACCUGAGCUUCAGGCUGUCAGGAUGUUUGCAGAGUAUCUGUCCAAUGAAAGUAAAAGGGAUGCAAUUGUUGCUGAUCUAGAAAAAAAGAUGGCCAAGAGUGUGGAUGCUGCCAACACCACCUUCCUCCUGAUGGCUGCCUCCAUCUACUACCAUGAGCUGAACAGUGAUGCUGCUCUAAGGACUUUGCACCAGGGAGAAAGUCUGGAGUGCAUGGCCAUGAGCAUUCAGGUGCUGCUCAGUCUGGAUCGUGUUGACCUUGCCAGGAAAGAGCUGAAGAAGAUGCAGGAGCAGGAUGAGGACGCUACUCUCACCCAGCUGGCCACAGCCUGGGUUAAUAUUGCUGUGGGCGGAGAGAAGCUUCAGGAUGCUUACUACAUUUUCCAGGAGAUGUCGGACAAGUAUUCAUCAACGCUGCUGCUCCUCAACGGGCAGGCAGCCUGUUACAUGGCUCAGAACAAGUGGGAGGAGGCUGAGGGAGUGCUGCAGGAGGCACUUGACAAGGACAGCAGCCACCCUGAGACGUUGAUCAACCUCAUUGUGCUUACUCAGCACCUGGGCAAAGCUCCUGAGGUGACCAAUCGCUACCUAUCUCAGCUGAAAGAUGCACACAGAGCCCAUCCGUUCCUCAAAGACUAUUUAGCCAAGGAGAAUGAGUUUGACAGACUAGUGAUGCAGUACGCUCCAACUGCUACAGCAUAAGACAGCGGCUCUCACUGAGACCUGUCUCUGAUGGACUUCAGUAAAACAUCCUGCAGAGUCAACAGUCUCUUUCUCUCUCUGACUUGCAGACCUGUAUUUGUUUUGAUAUUUUUUACCUGUAAGAAAAAGUCGGCUUAAUUGAAAUUUGGCUGUUUUAUUUAAACCAGAACAGAAAUUAUCAUAACUCAGAUGCAGAGAAAACAAGUCUGCAUUUGUAUAUUCAUUCUGUAUAGAUUUGCAUUUCUCUUCUACAUAAACACAACUGUUUAAUGUAAACAUUCCCUUUGAAGUAAUGAUGUCUAAUAACUUUGUUGUGUUUUUUUUGUGAGGGAAACAGCUAAUGCGAACACCAUUUAAAACAAAUAAACAUAAAAGAUUAUGAAA